UAAAAUUUUUUCGAAAAAUCAGUCAUAUUAUUAAUUAGUGCCUUUAAGUGUUAUUUUGUUUAGAUCUCGAUAAUUCAUAAUGAACAACGUUAAACGAUUGCCCCACGAUCAAUAUUUUGAAAAGGAUGUGGUCAUAUCGGAAGUUGAUCUUGGACAACCCUGUGAAGAAUGUAGUGACUGCCCAGGAUACUCUCCGCAUUCUUGGAGAAAAACAUGUAGCGGUUGUAAAUGUCCACGUGAUGCGCAUACAGUAUUUCUGGAUGAAUUGCAAAAUGUUAGCGAACGGUUGGGAUUCAAAUCAAAUUCUGGACAUUUAUCACAAGGUGUUAUACAAAAUAGUGUGGAUCCAUCGGUGUUCCAUUAUUCAUGGGCUCCACCUGGUUUAAAUACUCUAUCCAAAAUAGACGAGUUCUUCUCGGAUUUUCCACCAGAGAAAGUACCACGUAUCGGUACACCCGGUGAACGUUAUCGUGAUAAGCAAUUAUUAGCGCAACUUCCUAAGCAAGAUCUCGCAUUAACGUAUUGUAAGCAUGUGUCAUCUGAACAUCAUAAUAGCUACGAAGAUUUUGUCUCGGCGCGAAAUGAAAUUGCCCUUGAUAUAGGAUAUGUAAUGAAUGUACCUCAACGAGGUAUAAGUGAAUGUUACGAAUGUCAAGAAGUCAUAUCACCAGGACGACAAUGUGUUGUUUCACCACGAUUUGGUUGUGUGGAUGCAUUAAAUGGGGGCGAAAAGAUUGGGGACAGAUCACCUACUGCCUCCACUAACAUGAUUUCAUCACGUGUUUGGCAUCCAGCAUGCUUUAAAUGUAAGCAAUGUAAAGAACCACUUGUGGAUUUAGCACAUUGUGUUCAUGACGGUGCCAUCUAUUGUGAACGACAUUAUGCUGAAUUAUUAAAACCUCGAUGUGCUGCUUGUGACGAGUUAAUUUUCAGUGGGGAGUACACAAAAGCCAUGAACAAAGAUUGGCACGGAACCCAUUUCUGCUGUUGGCAAUGCGAUGAAUCUUUAACUGGUCAACGAUAUGUUCUACGUGAUGACCAUCCAUACUGCGUUGCUUGCUACGAAAGUGUUUUUGCUAAUGCUUGCGAAGAAUGUAGCAAAACUAUUGGAAUUGAUUCAAAGGAUUUGUCAUACAAAGACAAACAUUGGCAUGAGGCAUGUUUCUUAUGCAGCAAAUGUCGCGUGUCAUUGGUUGACAAACAAUUUGGAUCCAAAUUGGAUAAAAUCUAUUGUGGUAACUGCUACGAUGCCCAAUUUGCAUCACGUUGUGAUGGCUGCGGUGAAAUCUUCCGUGCCGGUACCAAGAAAAUGGAAUACAAAACUAGACAAUGGCAUGAAAAAUGUUUCUGUUGUUGUGUAUGCAAAACUGCAAUUGGUACAAAGAGUUUCAUACCACGUGAACAAGAAAUCUACUGUGCCCAAUGCUAUGAAGAGAAAUUCGCUACACGGUGUGUUAAGUGUAACAAGAUUAUCACCAGCGGUGGGGUGACUUACAAGAACGAACCAUGGCACAGAGAAUGUUUCACUUGCUAUAAGUGUAAUACAAGUUUGGCUGGUCAACGAUUUACAUCACGUGACGAUAAGCCAUAUUGUGCUGAAUGUUUUGGUGAAUUAUUUGCCAAACGUUGUACUGCAUGCUCUAAGCCAAUCACUGGAAUUGGUGGAACCCGAUUCAUUUCAUUUGAAGAACGUCAUUGGCAUAACGAUUGUUUUGUUUGCGCCAGUUGUAACACCAGUUUAGUAGGUCAUGGAUUUAUUACCGAUGACACAGAUAUUAUUUGCCCUGAAUGCGCUAAAAAGAAGUUAAUGUAAAUAAUUUUUUAAGAUCAAUUGAAACAAAUUCAACAGCGCAUUCAUUUUAAAGGUAUUUUUGUAUAUCAUCUCUACUAUAGCAAUAAAUAUCUAAUUUAUAAAAACAAAAUACCUCUAAAAUAUAUAUCAUCUUACACUAUGACGUUAAUAUGACGUAAUUUAUACAUAUACAUACACACGUAUACUAUACAUACACACAUUAUACACUAAACACAAACAAACUA